AUGGCGCUAAUUGGCGAAGUUGGCAUUCUCCAGGUUGCGAUUGCCCUGGGAAUUAGUGCCCUGGUUGGUUUGUACUCUAUAAUUUACCUCUUCUCACAUAAUCCUAGACAACCAUUUGCAGAGGAGUUACGUUAUCAUACCUUUGAUGAUAAGGGAGGUAUAGUACGAUUUGAUGUUGAUAGAGUUAAUGAAGGUGAUUUGCAUUUAGACGACAUCCUUAUUUCCGUUGUCGUUCCUGCAUAUAAUGAAACUGAUAGAAUACACGUAAUGUUAGAUGACACCAUUAAGUAUUUGAGAUCCCAAUUUCCAAAUAGAUGGGAGAUAUUGAUUGUUGACGAUGGCUCUAAAGAUGGUACAACAGAAUACUGUUUGAAACUUGCCGCAGAAGAAUACAAACUUCAGCCAAAGGAGUUACGCGUCAUUAAAUUUAUAGAAAAUAGAGGUAAAGGUGGUGCAGUAAGACAAGGUCUUCUACAUAUCAGAGGUAAAUAUGGUCUUUUUGCUGAUGCCGAUGGUGCAAGUAAGUUUAGCGAUAUUUCAAAAUUAAUUGACAGCAUCCAAAAACUAGAAAAAUCUGACGAUGAAAAGAAACCUAAAGCAGCAAUGGCUAUCGGAUCAAGAGCUCAUAUGGUAAAUACUGAAGCAGUGAUAAAGAGAUCGCUUCUAAGAAAUUGCCUUAUGUAUGGUUUCCAUACAUUGGUGUACAUAUUUGGUAUUAGGUCUAUUAAAGAUACCCAGUGUGGCUUCAAGCUAUUUAACAGGCCAGCUAUUGAUCUUAUUUUUCCUUAUAUGCAUACAGAGGGUUGGAUAUUCGACGUUGAAAUUUUGUUACUAGCCAACAAAAAAGCAAUUCCAGUUUCAGAAAUCCCUAUAUCAUGGCAUGAAGUUGAUGGUUCUAAAAUGGCCCUUGCGCUAGAUAGCAUCAAAAUGGCUAUCGAUUUGGUUGUUAUUAGAAUGGCAUAUAUUCUGGGUAUAUAUAAUCCUUAUAAACAAUGUUGA